GGAGUGACGUAAUUCUCAAAAAUCAUGGUCAGAGAUUUCAUGGGAAGUGGGACUGUACAUCUAUCUAUAUUGUGAAAAUCAUUCUGAAGAAGAUAAUGGAAAAAUAUCCGGGUAUUUGUUGAUAUUUUGUUGAUGGUUAACAUGUAAUUUCAACAUGGAAAUGUCUGGAUAUAUACGUGAAUUAAGAAAAAUACAUAUUUGUCAUGAUAAGAAGAUGAGUAAACGUGACCUCUUGACUCUUUCAUCAUUUGAUAUUGUUUAUCGGGCUGAAACGUAAUUAGAUAUUUAGUGCUGCUUAUGGUCUUAGUGGAGGAACGGAAACUCCUGUCCAGCGUGUUCGAUAGAUCCAUACUGUAUUUAUUGUCCACUGGUGCGGUGCUCUAUUAGAGUCAGACGUUGACUAUAUAUCAAUUAGCUGCCACGUGACCGAUAGUCCAGCAUGGUAAUCCAGCGAUUUUAUAAGAGUCCUGGACUCUUAUCUGGCCAAUUGACUAAUAAAAUUAACGCCGUUAACGAAGUAUCGACUCUCCUUGCUUCUAUUGAAACUGAAUUAUGCUAUUAUGUGGAAAGUACAUCACCAUUGUCAGAGAAUGAAAUUGAUAAUCUCAGGUGGUUGCUCAGUUCACCCUUCCAUAAGAAAAAUCUCAAUACAUCAGAUUUCGUGGAGGAGCAAUCUGAUUGCCAUAUAAUCGUAGAAAUUGGACCAAGAUUGAAUUUCUCCACGCCAUUUUCAAGCAAUGCAGUAUCGAUUUGCAAAUCCCUCGGGCUGUUGAGCGUUACUAGAUUGGAAGUAUCCACGAGAUAUUUCAUCAAGUGUCGGGAAAAAAUAGAUGAAGCUUGUGAAAAUGCAAUUGUACAUGUGCUUCAUGAUAAAAUGACAGAGUGUCGAUAUUUGAAACCACUCGAAUCGUUUGAUCAUGGAUUUAGACCUGAUAAUUGGUUCGAGGUGGAUAUCAUGCAGAAGGGAAGACCAGCACUUGAAAAUGUUAAUUCUAAACUAGGUCUUGCCUUCGACGAUUGGGACUUGGAUUUCUAUACAAAUCUGUUCAGAGAUCGAUUGAAGCGGAAUCCCACUAGCGUCGAGUGCUUCGACUUGGCUCAAUCUAAUAGUGAACACAGCCGCCAUUGGUUCUUCAAAGGGAAGAUGAUAAUCAAUGGUAGAGAAGGUGAAAAAACACUUUUCGAGAUGAUUACCGAUACACAAAAUCACUCAAACCCAAAUAACGUGAUUAAGUUUGCGGACAAUAGUAGCGCCAUCGAAGGCUUCAACGUAGAUGUCUUAGUUCCAAAGGCAACGGACAUUUGCAGCGAAAUGAUUUUGAAGAACAUAAAAAAACACCUAAUCUUCACGGCUGAAACGCACAAUUUUCCAACAGGCGUUGCACCAUUCAGUGGAGCUACAACAGGAACGGGGGGUCGUUUGCGAGAUAUUCAAGGUUGUGGUAGAGGUGGAUACUAUAUUGCUGGUACUGCUGGUUAUUCAGUUGGAAACCUCCACAUCCCUGAUUAUCAGCUGCCAUGGGAAUUGCUGAACAAGGACGACAUUUAUCCUAGUAACAUGGCGAGUCCGAUCGAGAUACUGAUAGAAGCUAGCAAUGGAGCUUCUGACUAUGGAAAUAAAUUUGGUGAGCCAUUGAUUUGUGGUUUUAUCCGAACCUUCGGCAUGAUAACAGAUAAAAAACGAGGAACAAGAAAAGAAUGGAUAAAGCCCAUAAUGUUCAGCGGAGGAUUGGGAACGAUCGAUGGCGGCAUGAUUGAAAAAGUAAGGCCUGAGAAAGGAAUGGAAAUUGUGAAAAUUGGUGGACCAGUUUAUCGAAUAGGAGUUGGUGGAGGCUCAGCAAGUUCAAUUGCAGUCCAAGGAGACAACGCAUCUGAACUUGAUUUUGGGGCUGUUCAGAGGGGUGAUCCUGAAAUGGAGCAGAAAUUGAAUCGUUUUGUCCGUGCCUGUACGGAAAUGGCUGAGGAUAAUCCAAUUCUGAGUAUUCACGAUCAAGGCGCCGGAGGUAAUGGCAAUGUUCUCAAGGAAAUUGUUGAGCCUGCGGGGGCUGUGAUUUUCACAAAGAAUUUCCAAUUGGGAGACACCAGUAUCAGUACAAUGGAACUCUGGGGGGCUGAAUAUCAAGAGAACGAUGCCAUCCUUUGCCACAAAAAAGACCGGAAUCUUCUAAGGCAGAUUGCUAUGCGUGAAAAGUGUCCCAUCAAUUUCGUUGGCACUGUCACUGGCUCUGGGAGAAUUGUCUUGUCAGAGGAAGACAAUCCUAAUCCCAAUAAAUACCUCAAUGAUAAUGAAAAAAUUGAUUGUCAUGCGAAGAGGCAUCCAGUUGAUCUUGACCUUGAAUUUAUACUUGGUAAAAUGCCUCAAAAGGUGUUUUCUUUGCAACGAGAAAAAUCUUACAAUGAGCCAUUGAUUUUAUCAGCUGAUUUGACUAUCAAUGCUGCCCUCGAGCGAGUCUUGCGACUGCCCUCAGUUGCUAGCAAAAGAUAUCUAACGAACAAGGUAGACAGAUGUGUUACUGGAUUGAUUGCUCAACAGCAGUGCGUUGGACCACUUCACACGCCUCUAGCUGACGUCGCUGUCACGGCAAUUUCUCAUCUAUCAACCGUUGGAAUGGCUUCGUCAAUUGGUGAACAACCGAUAAAGGGGCUGAUUGACGUUGCUGCUGGUGCCCGAAUGACUGUCGCUGAAGCAAUUACGAAUAUUGUUUUUGCCAAAAUUACUGACAUCAGAGACAUCAAGUGCAGUGGCAAUUGGAUGUGGGCAGCUAAACUCAGUGGUGAAGGUGCUGGGCUCUAUGAUGCUUGUACAGCAAUGUGCCAAUUGAUGAAACGGCUGGGUAUUGCCAUCGAUGGCGGAAAGGAUUCACUCAGCAUGGCAGCUAGAGUUGGCAAUCAGGUUGUUAAAUCACCUGGUACACUUGUCAUCUCCUGCUACGCUCCAUGUCCAGAUGUACGAACUGUCAUAACUCCUGAUUUGAAAGCUCCAGCGAAAGGUAAAACUGGAAUCCUUCUACUCGUCGAUUUAUCUAAAGGCCACAGUAGAAUUGGGGGAACAGCCCUGGCUCAAGUAUUCAGUCAGCUUGGCAAUUCAACUCCCGAUGUUGAAGAUCCUGAAGCUAUUGUCAGUGCCUUUCAGGCGACACAAACUCUCAUCGAGCGUAAAAAAAUUCUUUCUGGGCAUGAUAUCAGCGAUGGUGGGCUGAUUACAUGUCUGCUUGAAAUGUCCUUCGCCGGAAUGUGUGGUAUUAACAUCAAUAUAUCGCAUAAAAGUAAAAAUUAUAGCCCCAUUGAAGUACUAUUUAAUGAAGAAGUUGGAUGGAUACUUGAAGUCGAUGAAAAUGACGUUGAGGAAGUUGUAAAUACAUUUCAAAAAUUUCAUGCACCAAUUCAUAAAAUUGGCCAGUCCUCUGGUCUUGGUCUCAACUCUGAUAUUCUCAUUGCUGUUAACGAUAAAACCCACGUUAAAUCAACCGUUAUCUCACUUAUGUCAAUUUGGGAAGAAACCAGCUAUCAAUUGGAACGUCGUCAAACUAAUCUUAAAUGCGCUGAGGAUGAAUUCAAAUUAUUGAAAAAUCGUAAAAUUCCAAAGUACAUAUUGACAUUUAAUCCAGAGAUUCCCUUAUGCAAUCUCCAAUCAUUUAUUACCCCUGAAAUUGGUGUUGCUGUUAUUCGAGAGGAGGGAAUCAAUGGUGACAGGGAAAUGAUUGCGUCACUCAAAAUGGUGGGCUUUCAAGUGUGGGAUGUUACUAUGCAGGAUUUACUUGACAGUAAAAUAACACUGGAUAGAUUCCGAGGUAUUAUAUUUCCUGGAGGAUUCAGUUAUGCUGACGUGCUUGGCUCAGCUAAGGGCUGGGCAGCUGCUCUUCUGUUUCAACCUGUUUUACGUCAACAGCUUUAUGCAUUUAUCGAACGAAACGACACAUUCAGUCUGGGCGUCUGCAAUGGUUGUCAAUUGAUGAGUCUGCUGAGAUGGAUUGGCUGUCCCCAUGACUCUGAUCAUUCUGUUGAUCAGGAGCCUAACGUUGUACUGGAUCACAACAUCUCUGAACGAUUCGAAUGUCGAUGGACGACAGUGAAAAUCGAAAAAUCUCCUGCUAUCAUGCUGAAAGAUAUGGAAAAUACUAUCAUGGGUGUUUGGGUGGCUCAUGGUGAAGGAAGAUUUACGUUUCGGGAUAAUGAAAUUCUCAAUCAACUUAGGAAAGAUCAAUGCUUACCUAUCAAGUACGUCGAUGAUGACGGUAACCCAACGGAAAUUUAUCCUCUCAAUCCAAAUGGAAGUAUAGAGGGUAUUGCGGGCAUCUGCUCGCCAAAUGGGAGACAUUUGGCCAUGAUGCCACAUCCAGAGAGGUGUACGCAAAUGUGGCAAUGGCCGUAUGUCCCACCGUCUUGGACUAAUCAUACAGCACCAUGGCUCAAGAUUUUCCAUAAUGCUUUCACAUGGUGCUGUGAUAAUUAAUCGGCCACUGACAUAAAAUUUACUUAUUACAAGACAAUUGUUGGAAGAGGAGUUUUUUUAAAAGAAUUUUUCUAAUAUUAUUAUAGUCAUAUGAUUAAAUGGAUACUCUCAAUUAUUUUUCUUUUUUUUUUGUUGGAAAUUCUAAAUGAUUUCAAUUAUUAAUAAUUGUGAAUGAUGUUUGUUCAUCACCAUGAUCUGUAUCGCCGUCAUUAUCCCUAAAUUUAAUAGACAUACAUGGCUUGCUGGAUAAAUUCAUAAAAAAUAAAUAAAUAAAUUGACCUCCCGAGAGAAUGACUCCGCAAAAAUAUUCUUUUUGCACAUUAAUUUUUUUGUCGUAAUACGAUUAUGUAAUACAAUCGAAUAAUGGUGAACAAAGGCGUGAUCAGAAAGGCCCCUUCCAUACCUAUUUUGUCAAAUCUCUCUGAAGAUUAAAAAAACGUGAUGACGAGAACUAAUAUUUUGAUAAUAGAAUUGGAAAAAAAGCAGAAAUUUCAAAUGAAGAGAGGGACCGCGUGAUCGCAUGCGCACGGUCAUAUCACGUGGUCAGGAUCGCGCCAUAUUAUUAUAAAGUCCAUUUUACAAAAGAAGAAACAUUGCCACAAGAGGUGGGGAGUAUGAGGACAAGUGGGAAUUUAGGUAGAGUGGGGGUAUGAACUGCGGUACCUCUCCAUGUAACAAGCACUAAUACUUAUUUUUUUCAUACAUGUGCGCAUGCGGACCGAUUCUUAUACAUUUAUUCUUUUUUUAUCCUCAUCAAUGAACAGCGGUAAAUAGAAUUUGUCCUUAAAAAUAUUUUAUG